UGAAUCCCUUCUGGCACUGGCAGACGCUUUCUCAUUCUCUAUAAAUCGCGAUCAGCUGCUCUGCCUUCGCCCUCAAAACGCUCGCAUCCCAAGCCGCAUCGUUGCAGUAGAAGAGAAGGAGAUUGCCUUCUGAGAGGUUUCUUGCUCGCUCCCCGCCCGACGCUUCUAGGAUUCUGCGGAUAUCGCCAGGCCUCGGAGCGUUCGUCUAGCUAGGACUUGGCGUUCCGUGGACCGUCUUUGAUUCGAUCAAGAGUGAGAGUGAUGGCUCGGGCCCUUUCUUUUGGUUUGAUGGCGGUCAUAGCGGCAGUCGCUUUCGGCCUGGCGCUAACGCCGGUCGUCCAGGCGGUUUCUCCCGCGCCGGCGCCGGCGCCGACCAGUGACGGAGUAUCAGUCGACCAAGGGAUUGCUUACCUUCUUAUGCUGGUGGCGCUGGUGCUCACCUAUCUCAUCCACCCCUUGGACGCCUCCUCCCCGUACAAGCUCUUCUGAGGACGAUCGACUCAUGACUUUCAGUAGUAGAGAAUGCUUUCGUUUUGCGUUUUUAUUUGUGCCGUGCGUGUGUAGUGAGGUCUCAUUUGGAUUAUUCUUUUGCUGCUCUUAAUUCCUUUGUGUUGUAGGAUUUUAUUCCAUUCAUGUGUUUAUUAGUUACCCAUCCAUCCUGCUUUUUUAUCUCUCAGUUCUUCGUGAUGUUACAUGUCUCAUUUGCCCGCCUAUCAGUGUUUUGGUAGGGGAUCACAUUAUAUCUAAUGUAAAUUCAUUGACUCGAUUCAAUAUAUGAAUAUUAUUUAAAUCAA